AGCGGAUGCAAUUUCGGACAAAAAAAGAAUCAUAAUUUGUUAUUUUUUUUUACGCUCGUAUUAUACACUGCAAAUGCAAACAAAUAAGUUAACUGUGCUUAAACAUACACACAUUCGUGAUAACACAAAUCGAAUGCAUCAAUUACAACAAGUGUGCUGCAUGCGGCCCGCGUGAAUCGUAAUCGAAGUUGUGCGUGUGUGAAAUUUGCUUCUGUAGCAAAAAAGGCGAGUAAAAAAAGUGCGUCUAAAUAUAUGUAAAGAAAAAAUUGUGAUGGUUGUUUGGGGUGGUUAGGGGAAACAGCAGUAGCCAGCAACAACAGCAGCAUUUCCCCACAAUUUUGCCAAAGUGUUGGAGGCGACGCCGCCAAUUAAUGCUCGUGUGGCCGCCUUCAUCGUCGUCGUCGCCGCAGCCAUUGAUGCCGACGCCAGUGUCACCGCAGCAAUAACAACAACAAACAGAAACAACAACAAAUGCUGCAACGUGAAAGAAAUGAAAUGUCAAACUUCUGCAAAGUUUGCAUAUUGAGAAGACGCACAUAAACUCGCUUUAUUUUUUGGUCGCAGUAUUAAUAGAACCAAUGCGAUAGGAACAUUAAAAGUCUAGUGCUAUGCUCCCGUGGAGCUUUACCAUGGGCGUCCUGACGCCCCAAGAUCGGGCCACAGAACUUUGACUUCAACCAGAUCAACAGACAACAAUAGCAACAACAACAACAACAACAAAAACAACAACAACAACAACCACAACAACGAUAACAACAACAAGUGGACGACUUUUUUGCUCGGUGCUGAGCGCAACGUAUUCCCAAACAAAUGAGGGUGCAACACGUAACUAGCAAAGCAGCAGAAGCAGCCGCCAAUAGCAGGUUGCCCAACUAGACAUUAGCCAGCAGCAACAUCUUCAGCUCCACAGCAACUCCUAGCCAGGAAGAAAAAGAGAGCCCAGCAGCAGCGGCCGCAGGCCCAAACUGGCGUUGGCGCAGAAAACCCAACCGAAAAUGUUACAAAACUCGAAUGCAGUAGCAGCGGUGGCAGCAGCAGCGCAGGCAGCAGCAGCGCAGGCAGCGACGCCCAGCACAGCAGUCGCUGCGGCAGCGGCAGCGAACAAUGCAGCGAUAGCCGCGUCAUCGAUACAGCCAAAGCUGGUUGUCAUACGGAGGCGUCCGAAUCAGGGCUUCGGCUUUACGCUGCGUCACUUUAUUGCCUAUCCACCGGAAGAUGAUGCCGCCAGCUGGCCUCAGGAAGCGACAAACGUUGUCGGCGGCGGCAACGUUGGCGGCGGCAGCGGCGGUGUCGUCGGCUUGGAGCCAACGUCACCAACGUCGCUGCCGCCAUACCAAGUGAAAGCGAUGGAGACCAUUUUCAUCAAAGAGGUGCAAGCGAACGGACCGGCUCACUACGCCAAUCUACAGACGGGCGACCGGGUGCUAAUGGUGAACAACACGCCGAUCGCUGGCAUUGCCUACAGCACAAUUGUGUCGAUGAUCAAGCAGACGCCAGCGGUGCUAACGCUGCACGUUGUGCCCAAGGAGUGCGAUGUGCUGCAGAUGCAUUACACGAGCAUUGCCCACACGCCGGAAUCGAAUCGCCUAACGAUGUCCGCACAGGCGCCGCAACCGCCGCCGCCUUUGACGGCGGGCGCCCACGCCUCGCAUUCGCCGGCGCUGCUGGCAAAUGGGGCUGCUGCCAUCAAGUCGACGUUUCCACAGCAACAGUUGAUCUCAUAUCCCGCUGUUGUCAAUAAUUCGUCUUCGUCUGUGUCCUCUGUAUCGCCAGCCCAGCCGCCACAGCCGCUGCAUGGCGGCAGUCGGUCCGGCAGCAUAACAAGCAAUGCCAGCGGCAGUGGACUGCCCGGCAACAAUAGCCACCACCACCAACAGUUGCAGCUACAGCAGCAGCAGCAACAGCAGCAUCCGCCGCAUCCGCAACGCCAUCCGGCGCUCACAGGCGGCAGCAGUAGCAUCGACUUCGGUGACAUGGCCCAUGGCCUGCGUCAGCAUCAGCAGCAGCAGCAUCUUUACCAGCAACAUCAUCAUCAGCAGCUGCUGUCGAGCAGCUUCAUGCGUGCCAAUCAACCGCCAAAUCUAACAGUAUUAGCAAGCACAACACAACCAACCACGCCCACCGGCCGCCAAACCAAAUCGGUAGGGGCCAUAAGCCAAGCAUUGUACGCGGCGAAUGCAAGUGGCGUCGGCGGCAGCGGCAGCGGCGGCGGUGUCGGCGUCGUCGUCGGCGGUGAGAACAGCGACCUAAUGAUACGACUGCGCGAGUCCAUCAAGCAGAAGGAGGAGUUCCUCAAAUCGCCGCUACCCUCCGGUGUGCUAUCCGCCUCCGCAUCCAACGGCAACGCAUCGCAGUCAUCGCCACAGAAGCAGCAGCAGCAACAACCGGCGCAGCACUUUUUCCCAUCGCACACGCCACCAGGAGGCGGAGCUGUUGCACAGCGCGUGCGCCACCAAGUGCUGCACAAACAGCAACAGCAGCAACAGCAGCAGCCGCAGCAGCAGCAGCCGCAGCAGCAGCAGCAGCAGCAGCAACAGCAACAACAACACCUGCACCACCACCACCACCACCUCCACCAGCAGCAGCAGCAGCAGCAGGUUGUACUUGGCUACGACAUGUACAACAGCUACGCGAGCAGCAAGCUGGCGCCACGUUCCAUAGGUGCAAUGCCGCCGCAGCAGCGACAGGUGGCUGUCAGCGUGGGCAGCAAUAAUGGCAAGUACGCGAAGGAGCUAGACUAUUUUGAGACACUGCAGGAGACGGGUGUUACCAACAAGGUAUUUGAAAGCAAACUUGUCUCUCACAUGUCCAAGGGUUUUGAUCCGUUCAAGCCGUUGUCAAUCAAUACAAGCGCCGCCUCCGAAUCGAGCAGCGCGUCGGUUGCGUUGGCAAAGAAGCAGAGCGUUCUUUACGAAUCACUUCAGCAGCAUCCGUUGCAUCAGAUGCAAUCCAAGUAUCAACAGAGCAACACCGCCACCAGCAGUAGCAGCACAGUAGACGGACAGUCAACCAGCCGGAUGGAGUUACAUAAAGCAACACUUGCAAAUGCAACAUUUGAGUCGGUGCCUACCAAAUUCAGCAACGUUCCGGAGCACCAGCAGGCCACCAGUUCCUCGCACACGGUGGCCACUUUGGCGGACAUUGCUGAGAGUAGCGCCGCUGCCAUUGUGGAAGCCGCUUCCGCGCCGGGCAACGUGGUGCGUCGCUAUAAGCCGCUUUCCUCGAGCUCCUUUGACGAGGGUAAGCCGGUGCGACGCAUCUCGUACUUGCGUGCCACCAACAAUGAGACGGAGUAUCAUGCAGAGCCGCCGGCGGAUGGAGCUGCAGCCAGUACAACUGCCGCAGCUGCUGUCGUUGCGGCCGCAGCCGCUGCUGCUGCUGCGGCGGCCGUUGUCGAACCGCACAAGACCAAAGCACUGGUGGAGGAGCAUCCAGACCCCACGUACGAUGUAAUCGCUGGCACCGGCGGUGGUCAUGAGUUUAUCGAAACGCCCAACGGCCUCGAGGAUGUACGCUUGUCCGCACAUCAUGGCAACCGGCGUGCCUCCAUCAACAGCGAUAUGCGCAGCAGCAUCCACAUUGACGCGGAGCUGAAUGGCAAGUAUGUGCCCAACGAGCUGGAGGCCUUUGAGACGGAGAUUGAGAUCAAAUCCUCGUGCAUCAAUGGCAAGCGCAUGUCCGAGUACCGUUCGUGGCGUCAGGUUAAAUUGGAAAUCAAAGGAGAUAUCCUACGCAUCUACUCUGGACGCCAUGCCAAGUCGGAGCAUAAUGUGAUAGAGCUUGAUAUUAGAAAUUUUAAAUUCUUUGACGAGUCGCUGGACAAAAAGAAGUACUUGAUACGGAUGCAGUCGAAGCCGAGCGCCAGCGUCGCUCAUUUGGCUACGUUGGGCAACGAGCUGAAUUUGGAUGAUGCGCACGAUAAGCUGACCUCGUCGGGCAGCAGCAGCGCCGCCGAGCCGCAAACGCCGGCAUUAUCGGCUCCAUCGUGCGGUCCCUACACCGAAAUUCUAUUCAAGACCAAGAGCAGCAACGAGAUGAAGCGCCUCUUUGGGCUGCUGCAGUGGAAGGAUAGCUUGAACUAUGAUGACGUUGAGCAGCCUGCAGGCAAACAGCUGGCGGAGCCACAGAAAACAGCUGCCACCUCCAGUUACCUGGAUGAUGUCGCUGGCGCAGAUAGCUCGCCGGUGAGCUCGCACUCGGGCGGUGCCUUGGUGGAGGGUUCCGCUGUGGCUUCCAUAGCUGCAGCUGCCACCACCAAUGAUGCGAUAUCGCCCGUGAUGAAGCUGCGCAAGCCCUCCUCCCACAAGAAUGUGCCCGAAAAAGAUCUGGGCUCGCCCAAGUCAAAAAACUGGAAAGAUUUACUAUUUCGACGUGGAGGUGGCAGUGGCGGCGGGGUUGCCCAUGCAGAUUUGGCCUCACCCUCGGGCUGUGCCAGCAGAACAGGCGGCUCCAUUGGUCAGCCCUUGCGCGCAUGUCCCAUGUCCAAAAGUAACGCCUAUGUACCGCAUCUGGUGGAGAUCUGCACCAACAUUGUGGAGACCAAGGGUCUGGGCGUGGUCGGUAUUUAUCGCAUACCCGGCAACAAGGCGGCCAUCUCGGAGCUGUCCGAGCUGGUCAACACGAAGGAGUUUUCGUUCGAGAGCUGCGCCACCGAUGUCCGAUGGGAGGAUGUCAAUGUCGUUAGCAGCCUGCUUAAGCUAUUUAUACGCAGCCUGCCGGAUGCACUGAUGCCGGCCAGCUUUUACAUUAAUUUCAUUGAGGCGGACAAAAAGACGGGCAUGGAGCGCAUUGUGCUGCUCAAGGACAUUGUCGAGUCCCUGCCGCGUCAUCCGUACGAGACAAUGAAGCAUCUGAUCAGGCAUCUCUGCCGCGUCAGCGACAACUGCGAGGUGAAUCGCAUGGAACCUAAGAACCUGGCAAUUAUCUUUGGGCCAUCUAUUAUACGCACACCCAACGACACGCUGGAAACGGCCGUCAAGGAUAUGAAGCAUCAGUGUCGCAUUGUCGAGCUGCUCGUCACACAGUACGAGUUCUUCUUCGAGGGCGGCAGUCUGCCGGAUCUGGCGGACCUGACCGGCGGCGCGGCCGCGCCGAGUCCGGCCCAGCCGCAGCAGACGCAGGAGGAUCAAACGAGCAUGCUGCUGCACAACCUGUCCAAGAUUGAGCGCAUCACGGAACGGGAGACGCGCUCCUCGCGUUUCAUACCGCAGCUGCGAAGACGCACCCAUGGCAAACGCAGCGCCGUCAGCUCGGACACGUACUCCGGCGAGAGUGUACUGGUAAGCGGCAGUAGUCAAGCCCAGCACAAUUCCCACUGCACCACAACUACCAACAACACCACCAAUACAACCAAUACCACAACCACCAUCCGCACCACCAACCAAAGACGAAUGCAACGCAAGUCUGUGCAGAGCAUUUGCGAUUUUGGCCUAAUCCUGCCCGCUGUUCACUUUCAGUCGCUGGACUACGCCAAGGUGUCAGCGAGCAGCACGACCAGCACCAGCAGCAGCUCGACGCUGCAUAGCAGCAAAACUAGCACCACCAGCAAGCUGCUCAGCUCGGCGAUUGGCGGCGGCUCAUCUUCCUUUGCGACAUCCACCUCGUCGAGCACAGCCAAGGCGGCCGCGGCGAGCACCAAAAAGCGCGGCACUGGUGGCUUCCUCUCCAGCUCUAAUUCGCGGAGCGCCCAGGCACGCAAGGCCAGCCUGGAUGAGAAGGACUCGGCCAGCGUCGACUCAGCUGGCAGCGUUGGCAAGCAUGAACAGCAGCGGAGCAGCGUUGACAUUUCCAUACUUCUCACCGACGAUGAUUCGAGCAGCCGUCUAAGCGAUACGGGCUCCAUGUCGCUGACGACCAUCACGGACACGCUGGACAGCAAGCUGCGGAAUUUGCGCAGCGGCUCCGAAUCGAACGAUGAGAACGGUUCGCCCGAAUUUCCCAAGAAUCGCCGGCACACACUUGGUCAGCCGUUGCACUUGCACUCCGAGAACAUUCCCUAUGCGGACGAGUCGCCGGAGCGACUGUUCCACAACUUUUGCCCACUGGACGCACCACACUCGUUACUUUUGAGCCGUUCCUGCACGGCCACCAAUAGCAUUGGCGAGGCCAAAGAGGACAAGCAGCAGCAGCUGCAGCUGCUGAUGAAGCCAGCGGUGGCUCCGCUGCCGGCCAGUUUGCUCAAGGCGGCGCACAAGCUGCAGCACUCGGCCACGGUGCCCAUACACCAGGGCAGCGCAACGGCGCCGGCUAGUGGCGCUGCCACGCCCACCGCUGGCACCGGCUCAAGCAGCGCCUCAACGCCGCUGGCUGGUACGCCCAGCUCGCAGACGGCCAACUCGAUGCAACGCAACUCGUACGGAAGCAAGAAUCUUCGGUUCAGCAGCUCGCUGGCCUACGAGCGGGGCAUUGGUGGCGCCGGCUCCGAAGAUGACUCGGAGGGCUCCACCACCAGUGACCCCAAGGAGAAGCUCCUUAUGGCCACACCCUCGCCAUCGUUUUUUCUUGAGCGCUACAAUAAAAAGCGGCGCGAUCAUCGGCUCUUUCGCAGCGCCAGCUUCAACUGUCGCAACUACUCGACGCGACACAUGAGCAGCAGCAAUUCGGGCAAUUCGGCAGCUGCUGCUGCUGCUGCUGCUGCCGCCGCCAACUGUUGCUCCCCCACAUCGUCGUCGUUGGCGUGGGCACAUGCCGCUGCCGCGCUCACCAAGGACGAAAAGACUGACAUGAAUCUGACCAAGAAGCGGCAGAUACAAAACAAACAGAAUCGCUCAAUCAAGCGGCGGCACACGGUGGGCGGCCCGCACGACUAUGCGGCGAACAAUGCCGGUGGAGGUGUCGGUGGUAGUGGCGGUGGCGCCGCUGCCGGUCAUGAUCUGACCGCCAUCAACUACAACCAUCAUAAUCGGCACCAUAAGCAGCAGCUCUUAAAAUUGGGCAGCGCCGCCGGUGGGAGCAAUGGUGGUGCAGCUGCUGAGACAACAACUACAACGACAACCACCACCACAGUGUUGCGUAGACUGGGCGCAGCUGCGGCCAGUGCAAGUGCCAGUGUGAGCGGUGUCAAUGCCGAGGCCAAUGUUGCGUUGCCCGUUGUCGUCUCCGGUUCCAGUUCGGGCAACAACAACAACAACAACAGCAACAACAACAACAAUUCGCCGCUAAGCGAUGGCAGCAAUGGCAACAGCUCUGCCAGCGGCGGUGGCGGCGGCGGCGGCGGUGUCAGCGGCAGCAACAGCAACAGCAGCAGCAGCUCGUCAAGCCACAGCAGCAGUGGCGGCGGCGCUGCCGGCGGUGACCAAGUCUUGGAAGUGGGCAUACGCAUCAAGAACAUGAACAGAGCGCGCUUCUAAAUGGCAGAAGAGGAGCAGCUAAAAUGAAAUCAAAGGAAAAGCUCAGAGAGAAAGAGAGAGAACGAGAGCGAGAGCGAGAGAGGGAGGCAGCGCGAAAGUGUGAGAGCAUAUAUUGGAAAACAUAAGUAUUAAAAGCGAAGUAUAUAAAACACAUGCGAUAGUAUUUUAAAGGAAAUUGUGGCUGAAGCACACACAAACAAACAAACAGACACACAUGUGCAUACAUACACACAACCCAUCCAAAACAAACCCAGGCCCACACUCACGCGACACACACGCACACACACAUCGAGGGAACAAUGGAAAAGCAAAAGUAACGAUAGGGACAGCGCGUCUUAAAGAAAAAAGAUAUAUAUUUAUAUAUAUAUUUAUAUACAUACAAAACUAUUUUGUAAAACGUAUACAAACAGUACGGAAUAUGCUUAAACCAUAUACAUGCAUACAUAUAUUUGCAAAAUUAUCAUACACAGAUACACACAACACACCCACAGAGAGACAUACACACACAUAUACAAACAUAUUUAUAUACACUCAUACAAUUGUGCGUAUAUGCACGGAUAUGUGUAAGCUUAACUUGGGCAACAUUUGAUAGCCAUAUAUAAAAAUACAUAGUACAUACAUAUAUAUAUAUAUAUAUAUAUAUACAAAACUAUAUACAUACACAUAUAUAUGUAUAUAUGUUUGCAUAUAUUUAAACGUAAUCCAAACAAUGUCGCCUGCCUAGAGCAGACACACAAUUUAAAAGAGAUAGAGACAGCGAGAAAGUGAAAGUGAAAGAGAGGGGGAGAGAGAGAGAAAGAGAGAGUUGGCACCGUCUUGUGGCAGGCAGCUGCUUUGUAUGAACUGCAACGUAUUUCGGCUGUAUGCAUGUAGUUGGUUUUUUUUUUUUUCAUUGUUUGUACCUGUACCUGUCUAUGCCUAUGGGUAGCUUCUAGUGCGUAGAUGCAACACUUGUUGGUGCCUUAAUUGCUUUGCUUUAAAAUUUGUUAGUGACAUGAUUUAGGGAAUGCACUGCCCGAGGGCCCAGCUGGCCACAUCGGUGCUCAAUUGCCAAUUGGCAGCAAGUAUAUGUAUGCUAUAUAUAUAUUUAUUUAUGUGUGUACAUAUCUAUGCGUUUGGUGCUCACGUGUCAUUAGUUUAAGAGUCGGCCAUACUUCGUCAUAUGUUAACCGUCAGUUAGGCCCAACAUCAGUGGGCCUAACUAAGCCGGGCUCAAUGCAGCUGCCUGUUUGCCAACAGAAGUACGCAGUCGUUAGUGAGUGGCAGGCGACAAAAAAACAGGUGCACAUAAGCAGAAUACGCAACAAUUUAAACAUUUCGUUCAAAUAAUCCUUUUGACAAACAAACAAAUUACUAAAAUUAUAUACACAUAUAUUUCAACAAUUCAGCAAUUAGUAUAAAAGGGCAUUACGUAUACAUUUUAAUGUAUGUCAAAUAUUAAAAUGUUAUCGUAGAAGACGUUUGGUAUUAGGUCAAAACGCAUACAAGUAUCCAUUAUAAUUAAAAUAUACACACACACAUAUAUACAUACACACGUUUACACACAUACACACACACACACACACACAUAUUUUUUGUAUUAUUUUAAGUUGAAUUCAACGCAAAAAAAUAUACAUGCAUAUAUAAUAAUUAAGUGAAUGUAGUCUAGAGUUGUAUGUAGUUUUAUAUAUACACACGCACACAUACAUGCACACAUGUGUAUAUAUUUAGAAAUAUAUCUAUAUAUAUAUAUAUAUUUACAUAAAUAUAUCCAUAUUGUAUAGUUUUUUUUUUGUAUAUACCAAUUAUCUUUUAUUUUACUUGAUUUGAUUCUAAUUUCUGAAUUCUGAUUUUUUUUCAACAUACAAUUUUAAAUAUACAUAUAUAUAUAUAUAUAUAAAUACAUUAACGUAUAGUUUUUUUUGUAACCCUACUUUUAUUUAUAUAUAUUAUGUUUUGUUAUCGCAAAAACUGAAAAAAAAUUGUUGCAAAAUGUUAGAAAUUCAAGCGCGUAACGUUGCUAUAUAUAUUAUAUUAUAUAUUAUUAAUAUUUUUUAUUAGUUUUAGGUAGUUAUUUUUUAAAAUUGUAUUUUUUUUUUUAAAUAAAUGUGAAAUUAUAAAAGCAACAAUGACGACACAAUAAAAAAAAUCAUAAGAGUACUUAUAGAGCUAAUUAA